AUGACGUUGCUGUGGCUGUGCAUCGAGGGCAUCGGCCUGCCCGCGCUCGUCCUCUACGCUGUUGCCGGAUGUGGAGGGAAGAAGAAGCCGCCGCCAGCCAAGGCCGCACCGGCCAAGCCGAAGCCUGCCGCUCCGGCCGCUCCAGCGGCACCUCCUCCCAAGUCGGCCGCCCAGCCGGCGCCUGCCGAACCCGCGGCGCCCGCCGAGGAGAAGAAGGACGACAAGACGCAGGAGCAGACGAAGGAGGGCGCCGCCCCGGAGGAGAAGAAAGAAGAGAAGAAGGAGGAGGAGAAGAAAGAAGAGGAGAAGAAGGAGGGUGAAGAGAAGAAGGAGGGUGACGAGAAGAAGGAUGAGAAGGAGGAGAAGAAGGGCUCCAAGAAAGAGGGAUCUAAGAAGGAAGGCUCCAAGAAGGAGGGGUCCAAGAAGGACGACAAGAAGGGCGGAAGCAAGAAAGAGGGUUCGAAAAAAGAGGGCUCGAAGAAGGAAGGGUCCAAGAAGGACGGUGAUAAGAAGGAUGAUAAGAAGGAGGGCUCCAAGAAGGCUGGCGGAUCCAAGAAGAAGGAGGGCUCGAAGAAGGAUGAGAAGAAGGAAGAGAAAAAGGAUGAGAAGAAGGAAGCCUCUAAGAAGAAGGAAGCCUCCAAGAAGAAGGAGGCGUCCAAGAAGAAGGAAGCCUCAAAGAAGGCGGCCAAGGACGAGAAGAAGGAGGGCGGUGACGAGAAAGUGACUGCCACGCCGAACGAGCUGCAGUGGGAGGAGAAGGGCGAACCGCAGACCGUGACGGUGAAGAACGCGGAAGGCGACGACCGCAUUGCCGUCAAGCCCAAGUGUGCCGAGAAGGCCUACACCUUCGACCCGGCCUCCGCCUUCGUCAAGAAGGGCGAAAGCGCCGCCUUCAAGGUGACUCGUGCGGCGGGCGCUGUCAAAGCCGACACCAUCGAGUUCCAAUGGGCUAAGGCCGAUGAGAAAGACAAGGACGCCGAGGAGAUCUUCAAGAAGGCCGAUCUCAAGCCGACCAUCCUCGCCGUCAAGAGCGGACCGAAGGCCGAGGGAGAGAAGAAGGAAGAGAAGAAGGACGAGAAGAAGAAGGAGCCCUCCGGCAAAGACAAGAAGAAGGAGGAAGAAAAGAAGGAUGAAAAGAAGGAGGGCGACGAGAAGAAGGAGGAAAAGAAGGAAGAGGAGAAGAAGGAAGAGAAGAAGGAGGGCGAGGAGAAGAAGGAGGAGAAGAAGGAGGGCGAGGAGAAGAAGGAGGAGAAGAAGGAGGGCGAGGAAAAGAAGGAGGAGAAGAAGGAAGAGGAAAAGAAGGAGGAAAAGAAGGAGGGAGAGGAGAAGAAGGAAGAGGAAAAGAAAGAGGAGAAGAAGGAGGAGGAGAAAAAGGAGGAGGAGAAGAAGGAA